UUUCAUACCGUUUGUUACUCGUAGUCCUUUCUUACGUACUACAGUAGAAGUACUACUGUAAUGUAGUUACAGAAAGCUGCACGCAUCGUAUGCUUUCAACAACCGACAACGCAAUCAACCACAAUCGAAAAUACUAAACAGAGUAUUUGUCUGGAUUGGUGCGACGCGUUUGCGCAAUAGCAACAGUUACACUAGAUAAGAUCUGAUAAACCCGUACGCACUUUAAUUACCGACGCAAUCCACUCUUCCAGAAACCCAAGCAGUACCAUGACAACCGCCAGCAGCAGCGACAAUGCCUCCGAUGCCGCCAACACAAACGAACCGGGAGACACACGAGCGGUGCACACCUGGAUUUUCGAGCCGGCCACCUCUGAGAGGAACAGCAAGGCCUUCACGGAUGCGGGAAUAGAAGCCAUUGCCAACCACAAGUACAAGGCCGGGCACUACACCUUCUUGGACAACCUCCUCAACCCGAUCUGGACGUGGCUGACGAACCUCCUGCCCAUGUGGCUGGCCCCCAACGCGGUCACGAUGCUGGGCGGCCUGCACUGCGCCCUGUCCUACUUCACCACCUGGUAUUACUCCCCCAACUUUGCCACGCCCCUUCCCGACUGGGUUGUCUUUCUCUCGGGAUAUUGCACGAUCGCAUACUACACCCUGGACUGCAUGGACGGGAAGCAGGCCCGAAGGACCGGCCAGUCUUCCCCCUUGGGCCAGCUCUUUGACCACGGAUUCGACUGCAUCUGCAACCUGGCCCACUCCUCUACGCAGGCCGGCUACCUUUUGCUCGAGAGCCGGUGGUUCUUUGCCUUUCAGGGGUCCCUCUUUUUCGCCUUUUUUAUGGCCCAGUGGGAGGAAUACUACACGGGCAUGCUUCCCCACGCAAUGGGCAAUUUCGGGGUCACUGGUGCGUAAGGCAUCGCGAUAGCGUUUUGCACAGCAGCCUGCGUUUUUGUUGAUGGAGACGAAAUUCGUGGUUGGGGAGAACGGACCACGGGGUUGCACAGAAUCGCGAAAAUUUUGUACGAAUUUUGUAGUAUCUCAUUUCUCUCUUUCUCGUUGUCCUCUCCGUUGUCGCAAUAGAGGUCAAUUACAGCAUUGGGCUCUUUGCUAUCUGGAAUUCCCUCAUCGACCGGGAACGAUUCUGGACGACCCCGCUGGGUGACUUCCUCCCGGCGUUUCUUCUGGACGGCUCGACUCCGGUGGCGAUUCCGCCGCCGCUACUGGCAGCGGAGAUCCGCUACGUAGGCAUGGGGAUCUGGUUGCUAGGGGCCGUGUUCCUGUGCGGGUGUUCCUUCUACCGCACUGUUACCAGCCCCUUCGUCCGAGAAAACCACUUGCGACUCAGUGCCCUGUCCAAGCUCGUCACCCCGUUUUUGAUUGCAGUGGCACCUUUCUGGCUCCCCUACCACGUCCUGGAACAAGAGACGAGGUACAUCUCGGUCGGCAUGGGGCUCCUCAUCUCCUUUCUUACCAAGAAGAUGAUAUGCUUCUCCAUGGCCAGGCAGACCUUUGCGUCGAUCCAAAUGGAGGCCUUUCCCUACUUUGGGAUCAUAUGGCUGAUCCGGAGCGACUACUUCAACCAACACAUCCUCACGGACCAGAUCACGAAGGUUAUUUUGGCGGGCUUUUGCGUCUACCAAGCCUAUCGGUUGGUAACCUGGGCGAAGCUCGCCAUCGAUCAGAUCUGUACGCGGCUGGACAUCAACUGUCUCACUAUCAAGCACAAGAAGAAGGACUAGAUGGCGCAACAACGUGUUUGUUCUCUUGCCAUUCUCGAUUCGAUUCGAUUCGAUUCUGUUUAGUGCCGUAUUCCUUAUCCGGACCUUUUGCCUAGAUCUAUGAAAAGCACUUAUCAUGAAUUAGUACUGUGUUUGCAAAAUGAUCAUACGUGGUAUAAUGGAUUUGGUGCUCAGUAAGCGAUGAAGUCGUCGAAUGAGGACCGAAGAAAAGUGCCAAGUCCUUCGAUUCCUGAUUCAAUUCAUGCAAUUACUCACGUAAUAGAGAAUAGCUACGUCGAAGCAACAUCCGCGACGUAACCUGAUAGGAAGUAGGAACUAAUAUACGCACUUUGGCAAA